CCUACCUCUCCACAACUUUGUACUCGAGAAAUGGAGUACUCUACUCUUGAAGCGCGUCUCGCCAGCUUCGAGCCUCCGUCGAAACGAUCAAAGCUAGGAUGGCCUCACAAAACACCAACACCCGACGAAUUGGCCAAAGCUGGCUUCUACUACAAACCCUCGAGCGAAAGCAAUGAUAACACCAUCUGCUUCAUGUGCGGAAGAUUUCUGGAUGGCUGGGAACCUGAUGAUGAUCCAAUCCAGGAGCAUUUGAAACACUCAAGCGAUUGCGCAUGGGCGAUCCUUAUGGACGCGGCUCAAAAUGUGAGACUUGAUAUCAACAAUAUGGACGAUCCAACGGGAGAGCAUCACGCAGAUGCACGCCGAGCUACGUUUGGUAUAGGAUGGCCUCACGAAUCGAAGCGUGGUUGGACGUGUAAAACUGAAAAGAUGGUGGAGGCAGGCUGGUACUAUGCCCCAACACCCGAGAGCGAUGAUUUUGUCAGCUGCACAUAUUGCAAACUAUCGUUAGAUGGCUGGGAACCCAAGGACAACCCUUUCGAUGAGCAUUAUCGCAGGUCUCCCGACUGUCCUUUCUUCCAUUUCGCAGGCACAACUGCGCCUUCAAAACGACCCAAAGCCAAAAAAGGUCGCGCGUCAAGGUCUUCUCGGUCAUCCAAAGUCUCGACUCGACUUUCGACUCAAUCAGAUAAUACAACCAUGCUCUCUGAAGCUCCCUCGCUCAAUGACAUACCAGACUUGGACGAAUCAAUAGAUACCAGUACGACAUCCGUGUUAUCAACAAUGUCAGUUGCUUCCACAGCCACGACUAAAGGAAAGCGGAAAGGUGCGGGAGGAAGAGCCAAGACAACGAAAAGCAAGAAAGCGAAGACGACACGUUCAACAAAGGCCAAGAAGACGGAACCAGAGCCAGAGCCAGAAGUGACACCCGUUGAAUUGCAUGCCACGGAAGUAGAAAUCGAUGAUGACAAGACCCCGACUCAGCUUCAGACACAAAUGCAAACGCAAGACGAACCCGAAGCAGAAUCUAUACCUGAUGUAAUAUCACAAGACCCAGUUCUCCCUAGUCCAAAACCUACGCCACGAAAAGAAAUAGAAUACCCGACCCUUGCCAACAGUCCCGGGAUACGGAGCACACCACGACAUUUGAGCCCAAUCGGCGUUCCGCCACAACCUUCGCCAACUCCAGUUCGAACGAGGGCUACACCUUCUGCAAAAGGCACUGCCACCUCUUCGAGAACCGCUCCUCGAUCCAUUCCCCAUCUUCAAGCUACCCCUCAGGCUACCACCGAAUCACCUUAUGCGGCGGGUCGCUCACCUUCUACAGAUAUAGAAAACGCUCCUCCCAGUGCGCGCUCUGCCUCGGUGCGGCAUGCUCUGACAUCUCAGACUCAAACGCAGACAGUUCCCCUCGCACCCUCAAGUCCUGGAGAGGUCGUGCCUGCUUGGGAGCCAGCUGACAUUGAGCUCGUCUUCCAACCUGGUACACCUCAACCCGCAGAUCUAUUGGGAUUGACAGGCGGCAAACUAUCCAGAGAGGAAGAACAAAUGACUGUGCAAGAGUGGAUAGGACAUGUCGCUAGUCAAGCAGAGAGCAGUUUACGAGCGGAAGCCGAGAGGGUGGUGGGUGUAUUUGAGCGUGAAGGACAGAGAGCUAUGGGUGUUCUGGAGGCGAUCAAGUGUGUAUGAUUUGGGAUUAUCUCGGACAGGGAUUUCGGUGUGUGCAUAUGAUGCAGUAUGAAAGGGGGAGGCGUGCAAAAUUGACAUGUCAUGGAGUAUCAAAUGUGAAUCUUGAGAAUUGAGUUACAGAGCGUAUUAGUAAGGCCCUGAGAGGGUCGAGAGUCAAUGCAUUAUGAGCGAGCACGGCGUUAUGAUUGUGGGCAUGCAGGGUGGUGUGUCUGUCUGUGUGUGGAUUUGGUUCUUCGUUUGAAUACUAUUGGAAAUCUUUUAUCA